AUGAGGCCAUGCUUCGGUCUGUUUCUCGUGGUCAUUUCCACUUGGGCCCAACAGGAUUUGUCGUGGAAAGCCGACAUUUUCGCGUCGGACCGCGAAAAUGAAAUGGCCGAGGUGAGCGAGCACCAUUUUCCGCAUGAGAAUUAUCCGAGAAACGUGCAUUUUCAGCAAGACGCCCUAACCCGCUAUUUUGGCGACGACAAAAGAAAUGCGACAUUUUUUCCGACGUGGGAUUCGAUGAAGCAAAAGUUUGCCUUCAUGCACUUCUUCGAUAAACAUUCAUUUUUCAGAGUGGGCGAAUUCGAAAAUGUAAAUUCAUCGAAAGUCAAAAACCACAAUUAUAACGAGAUGACGGCGUGGCUCAAAGUGAGUUACGGUGUUCGCGUACCUGACACUAAACAUGACGACAAUUGCGUGGGAGGGCGAAAAUUCAGCAGGAAAUUUGAAAAAAAAAAUGCAAUGAAACAUUUCAGGCAACCCGUCUCAACUACCCGAACAUUACUCACUUGUACUCGGUCGGAAAAUCGGUGGAAGGACGCGAAUUGUGGGUGCUUAUUGUGUCCGACAACCCGAAAGAGCACGAAAUUCUGGAGCCGGAGCUUAAAAUUGUCGGAAAUAUGCAUGGAAAUGAGGUAGUUUUCGAAAAAUAAUAGUUAAACAAUUCAAAGCGGUUUUUAGGUAGUUGGCCGUGAAGCAAUACUUUAUUUGAUCGAAAUUCUGUGCCUCAACUACGGGAAAAAUCGAUAUUUGACUGAUUUGGUAAAUAAUGCCCGAUUGCAUCUGAUGCCCUCGAUGAAUCCGGACGGUUACGAGAAGGGAUUCCCCGGCGAUCGGAUUUCGGCGAUGGUAAGUUCAGACCAUUGCUCUAGAACUUUUCUUUUGUUGUAUUGACCUACCCGACCGCAAUCCGCAUUUUCAGGGUCGUUCCAACGCGAACGACGUCGAUUUGAACAGAAAUUUUCCGACGAAAUUUCCGGAACACCGAGAACAAUCUGGCGGUGGAGACCCGGAAAAGUAAAUGUUCAGAAAAGUCGAAAAAAUAAUCCGACAGCAUUGAUUUUCAGAGAAAACGUGGCCGUCAUGACGUGGCUCCAAUCGUAUCCGUUCGUUUUGAGCACCAAUUUGCACGGAGGUACCAAGAAUGACUCGAAAAUGGCCAAAGAAUUCGAUUUUCAGGAAGUUUGGUGGCCAAUUAUCCGUACGAUGACUCGCUCACCGGACAAGACGGCAUUUAUACGGCGGUAAACUUUUUUGUGCAUUUUGCUGGCCUCGAAUCCAACAAACGUAUUUUCUAGAGUGCCGACGACAAAUUGUUCGUGGAAUUGAGCUAUCGAUACGCGAGAGCGCACACAAAAAUGUGGAAAACUGGACGGAGGUGAACAAUUGAAAACAGUGUUUAAAAACAGUUUCUGGGGGGCGUGGCCUAAUCUGAGACGCGUUUUCUGAAAAUUGCCGCAAUUCCAGCACUUUUCCGAUAUUUUUGUGUUUGAUAUCGACGAAAGAAGACAUUAAAAAGAGAAAAUAUCGAAAUGUUCGUGAAAACGCCGCGUUUGAGACGUUUUUGGCAUAUUUCGCAAUUCGGAAUUUUCAUACCGGCCGAUCUGGACAGUUUUGAGACGAAGUGAGUGUCGGAAGUGAUUAAGCACGUCAAUAAAAGUAUUUUAAGCGUUCAAACGGCAAAAAGUAUCGGCGAAUGACUGAAAUUCGCGCAUUUUCAGCACAAAACUUGAAAAUCGAUUCAAUUGAUUCAUUUCUGAAUGAAACCUGCUCGUUUUAAGCUCAAAAAGUGCGCGAUGAUUAGUUUCACAAAGGUAUGGAAUUACAUCGUCAAAAUCCUACAAAAUUUGGGUAAUUUUUUACGAAAAACAUGAAAAAUGGGGUUAAAUUUCGAAUUUCGCGCCAAAAUGGUGAUAAACCGUGCACGCUAGGCCCCACGCCCCUUUCUACGUUUUUGGUCGCCGUGCGAAUGUUCUAAAUACAACAAAAAAUAACACGUCUGGUUCUUACAGAUGCGGCCUUUCGGCGGACGGCGACAACUUCAUAAACGGCAUCACGAACGGAGCCGGCUGGUAUCAUUUGGCCGGUGGAAUGCAAGAUUGGCAGUACGAGAAUACGAACUGUCUCGAGAUCACUGUAGAAAUGGGGUGCUUCAAGUUCCCCACGGAUGAUAUGCUUUCAAAGUGAGCACGAAAACAUUGUUUUCCCUUUUUUUUCUUCUGUUUCCAAAUUGACUGAUUACCACAACGUUUUGAGCUCUGAUAGUUAACCAAAGUCUGCUAAAACACAGUCAAAAUAUAGUCUUUUGGCAUUUUCUGUGAAUUUCAAAACCUAAACGACUGAAAAAUUCGAAAAAUAAAACGUUCAGACUGUGGGAAGAGCACCAGUACUCGAUGCUUUCCUUCCUGGAAAUGGGACUGUCCGGCGUGAGAGGUCUCGUGACGGACCGGCUCAAUAACACGGUGGCGAAUGCGACGAUAUCGGUCGAGACGGGCAAAGACGUGGUUUCGACGCAAUCCGGCGAGUUCUGGCGCCUUCUUCCGCCCGGCGACCACCAGGUUACUGUAUCCGCACGUGGCCUCGAAUCCGACACUUUCACGGUUACGGUGGUCGCCGGUCAGGCCGCCCAACGGCACGAUAUCACUCUUUUGGCGUGCGGCGACAAUGAGACGGUACGUUUUUUUUUUUUUGGCGAGAACUUUGUCUGAAAAAUCCAUGUAGACUUUAAAGAGAACAGUUCAAAAAGUCAGUCUAGGAUAGUUGGAACAAGAAAAAUCUAGUGUCAGCCGCCCGGGCCUGUCUUUUUGAAAAAUCCAGAAAAACCCUGGCAAAAACGAAUUAUUAGAAAACUGAUCAAUUUUUGCCUGAAACUGAACCUGUUUCAAAAAAUGCUCAAAUAAAGUGGUUCCAAAAAUGUUCUGUUCAGUGUCGGUCCGUCUACGGGUACGAUUAAUUUAUUGUCGGCUUCAAAAGCGUUCUUAAAAAAUGCGUUUCAAUGUCAAAACCAUACCUGCUUCUACACAAUUUCUACACACAACGUUUUUUUUUUGUUUCCAGAAAUCCGAUCUGUACAUUCGAGGACGAGGAAAGAAUCUGAUUGCGGUGAUUUCGUUCGAUCAAAUGUUGGUUUUCAUUAAAUUGCAACAUUUCAAUUGUUUCAGCCCAAACAAUGUCUCUUUCAGCGGCUCGAAAGUAGUCGAUGAGUUGGCUCGUCUCACUUGUACCGGUGAUUUUGUGAUCGACAAGGACGUGUCCCUAAUGUUGAUUCCCAAUAUGACGGACGCGUUGAAAGGGGUACGGUUCCGUUUCUUCUAGAAAUCAAGACGACCGGGAAUUUUCAGCGCCUCUCGGACUUUGCGCCCUCGGCAGUUCUGAUCGUGAGCGAGGGCAUCGUCGAGACGGUCACUUUCAGUGUUUCCGAAAAUGAGCCGCGCCUUUUCGACAAGGCCAAAAUGGACGAAUCACUGCUGAAGGCGCUCGGAAAUGCGAUUCAGUGCGAGCGGAAAUUGUUGGAAUCGAAAACGGCGCUGAAAGUCGACGAUUUGCAACUGAAAAAGGCGUUCGAGCUCGGAAUUUCCGUCGGUUGCGAUCUGAGCGAUUUGGAGAAAAAGGCGGCCACUGUGGGCACGAUUGCAGACGUGAGUUUGCGAUUUGAUCUGCUUGCGCGUUUGCGUACCUUUUCGCAGAAGUAAAAUCCGAGGGCCCCGUCCGCAACCGUAACUCAUCCGAACUGCAUUACAGAUGAUCAAAAACGAGUUGAUCAAGGACAGCGUCAGCGAGUUUUCGGUCGUUCCGUCCGCCCACCCGGGCGAUCAUUUCACCCCCGAUCAGCUGAUCCACGUGACAAGGUACCGGAAUCCCCCGUUCGUGUCGAGACCCAUAUUCUACUUUUCAGUGCCGCUGUGGCCGAAUUGACGCGAAAAGAGUGUGUUCAGGAGAUUUCUCGAGGCGCCAAUAAAUUCUACUUGAUGGGCUCCGGAAAACCACCGUACACAUUGAUUGCGGCUGUCGAAAAGGUACGCGGCCGCCUAGAAACCCAAUUCUAGGCCAUCUAGGCUCGGUGGCCGAACAUUUUCCUCUUCCAGCGCACCGAAGCGAUGGCGUACGAGAUGAUGUCGACGUACUGCAACCCGGACACCAAAUCCGAGUUCUCGCAGGUUCUCGAUCAGUCCACACUCGUUUUCAUGCCCGAAAUCCCGCAUACACAGGUAAGUACGCGAAUUGUCGUCGAAUAUGGUGUCUUUGUACACUUUUGCGAAAAGUAGAGGGUUUCGAGUGCAUUUGUUGCAAUUUUUAUGGCAAAUGUACUGUGAACCCCGAAUAUUCUGCAUUUUUGCGUCUGCCACGAUGAAUUUAUGCGAUUGCCCCGGUAAAAUGAAUUUGUGACCAUUUUCAAUGCUGAUUUCGAUAAUUUCAGCUAAAUUGCCAUGACUACGACACAAUUUCGCCGUUCAAAAUGCUGUUCGACGAGGCGAUUUCGGCGGUGCCCCAACUGGAUUUCGUGAUCAUUUUGGCGACGGGCGGCAUGAAAGUGCGGUACAUAAACGAGACGUUGGGAGUGGGCGGCCACGUGGCAGACGCCUACCGGAACAGCCACGAUCUGAUGAAAUCGACGGAGACGGAGGGGUGCGCCAAAGGAUUUCCCACCGAAAAAGAGGCGAUCAAGGCGUUCUCGUGGAGUGACAACGCCUCGCGGGUCGACAAAACCGGCGCCGAGCGUGAGUUUUUCGAAUGAUUUUCUACUGCAAAAUUUGUGUGAAACAGCAAAAAAAAACCCGAUAAUUUGCAGACGCGACAGACUCGCUCGAUGCUCUGCUCGUUCAAAUCGGCUGUUGCUACGAGAACAUGGCGUCCGGACACUUGUACGCGGAGAAUCAGAACUCCCUGCGCGCGGCGCUUCUCCAGAGAAUUCGCGGCGUCCGAAUCGUGGGCGGCGCCGACGGAAUGAGCGUUUCGGUCGACCGCCAGCACAAGAGCCUUCCGUUGCUCGCCGGAAGACGCUUCGUGCCCCUGCCGAACGGGGAACACUUGGUUAGAGUGAAGACCGCCGGCGGACAAAUGCACUCACAGUUCGCUGUCGUCGUGAGUUGACUCUGCGAAAUUUGUUACCAGCGAACUUUCAUGCCAACUUUCGAUCAAUUUUUAGAGAUUUAGAACGGGCAUGGCUGAUAUGAAAUGACUUUAGUAGAAAACGUCGCCGCGGAGUCGAAAAUUUAGAAGGAAAUUAUUCUACUGUUGCAGAUCUCGGACCGGAGUCCGACAGUGGAAAAGUUCAUCGGAGUGCAGUCGUCGAAUAUGGUCAUAAUCACGAUCGCAUCGAUUUUAAUGAUAAUCGCGUGCACGUUUAUGUGUCGACAGAGGGUCACUUCCGUACUCAAUCGCAGAGGAUUCUUCAACGGUUCGUUUCGUUGCGUUUCUCCAACAUUACUUUGAAAAAAUCGAUAAGUUUACAGGAAUCGGCUCAAAACAAGGUUUCGAACGAAUUCCGCUCUACAAAUCGGACGACGAGGACGAGGAUGAGGUGUUUGAUUUGCAAAAAUUAUAA